GGUCUGUACAGCUCAAUGUCUCUGUAGAAAUAACUCAGGACCGCAUCAGUCUCUGUCAUCUCAUUUUAUUGAUUUUUCAUUAAAGCUAAUACAUUUUUAUGAUAGCAGUUUUUGAAGAAAGCCUUAAGAUGUUUGUCUCGGCACUGCUGAUUCUUGCCAGUUGGGGAUCGUUCGGUCCUGUUUCAGGGUCUCCUGCUGAGGAGGAAGCAUACAGGGCUGUGCUCAGCAUCGUAUCUCCAGGACAGCAGUAUCUGAACAGGGAGUCCCUCGGCUCCGUCUUUAAUACAUUGAAGAAACGUGUGCAGUGUGGUGAAGUGUCGUGUGAAAAGUGUGAUCUAUCGGAGGCGUUUCACCAGCUGAUCAGCGAGGAUCAAACUGGCAGUAAAAGUGUAAAUAUUAGUGAAUCUCAGUUCACUGCUCUCGCUGCUGGAUGCGUCCUCUACCUCUCAUCUCCUGGCCUGGUCUGCACCGCAGUGAGACAGGGGACAUGGGGACAGGAGGUCCAACAUUUCCUACGUGAAAAAGCUCAUCAGGAUCACCAUGAGCCCCUGCAUGCCCAUAACCAUGUGCACAUCGAUGUUCAUGGGUUGAAUGUCCUGCUUCAAGAGCUUCAAGACCACUAUGAGCCUUCACACAGAGAGAGCUGCUUAACAGCAAAUGACAUUGUGGCAGAGGUGGAUGCAUCAUCAGCAGACCAGGAGUUGGGUCCGGUUUUGGGGCGCAUCCUGUAUCAUGCGUUGCAAGGUCACUGCUUCAUUAAACCCGCCCUCCGUCACCCAUCCCUACCGGAGGAGAGCUUCUUCCUGGACUUCAUCAUGGACCAUCUGGGGUCGACUAACUUCACUGUCAGGGAUUUGGAGGCUCUCAUGACAAGUCUGCAUAUCGGACACGACCACGAACACCAUGAAGACGAACACGCUGAUCCCAGUCACAGUGGUUUAAGGCGGAGGAGGAGGGGCAGCCCUGAACAUCAGCACAGGCAUGGAGGAAACGCCACCUGGGAUCAGUUCUGCGCUUCAGGUGAAGAUCUGCUCCUGAUCUACGGUCUGGAGGACAACAGCUCGGUCUCCGCUGGCCUGAGCCGGACAGACGUUGCUCGGCUCAGCCCUGCACUCAUCCAGCAGAUCCUGAGCGGAGCGUGCACAGCCAUCACAGAACCGCCGUCACCGGAUGGGCUCACCAAGACAGAGAAAUACAUCUAUGCCACCAUUGCCAAUGUGUUGAUAACCCUCACAUCCAUGUUUGGCAUUGUAGUGCUGCUGUGCACCUCUUGCACCAGUGUGUUCCAGAAUUGUAUCCAGUUUUGCAUCAGCCUGGCUGUAGGUUCACUGACUGGAGAUGCCUUACUGCACCUGAUACCCAUGUUUUUAGAUUUGCAUGUGCACUCAGACAAAACUGACAGCCACGAUCACUCGCAUGGCUCUCAAAACGAAGAAAGUCCAGACUACAUUUACAAGAUGUUGGUACUGAUUGGAGGUAUCUACUUAUUUUAUUUGAUGGAAACAAUCUUCUCUCUGGUUGCAUACAAAGAUAAUCAUCACCAUCAUCAACAUCAUCAUGCGGAAGAAUCCGAGCCUCACCACUGUGACCACGGGAGGGUUUUAGAGAUGUAUGAACAGGAGAGGAAACAAAAAGACAAGUCACAUUCAGCAUCAAAAGCAGACCUGGUUAGUGAUCACGACAAUGAGAAAUCUCUUUCAGAGCCAAAAGAGCUCACAAAAGAGCAGCGUCUGCUACCUUACAUGAUAACAAUCGGGGACAGCAUCCACAACUUUGCAGACGGCUUAGCGAUGGGCGCAGCUUUCUCCCUGUCAUGGAAGUCUGGUCUGGCCACAUCAAUAGCCGUCCUCUGCCAUGAACUACCACACGAACUGGGUGAUUUUGCCAUUCUGCUCAACAGCGGCAUGUCCGUCCGCAAGGCGCUGCUCUUGAACGUAGGCAGCGCCCUGACCUCGUUCGUGGGCCUGUACAUCGCUCUGUCCGUCGCCACGGACCUCGCCACCAAACAGUGGAUAGCGGCCGUUUCCGCGGGACUCUUCCUCUACGUCGGACUAGCUGACAUGCUCCCCACCAUGGUCCACAUCUGCAACAAGAAACCCUGGCUGAUGUUUCUGCUACAGAACCUCGGCCUUCUGACCGGGUGGGGCGUUUUGUUGCUGCUGUCACUCUAUGAAGAGAGAAUCAGCUUUUAAAACUAAGGCGUCGGUCUAAACUGGUUCAUCUUACUUGUGACAUUGUCUAUGAAGCGUUCGUUAUAAAUGACCAUGGUGACCCUAGUUGUCACAUGACUCAUCCACUCUGAUAAAUGAAAUACAAAUGUGUGCCACCCAAAACCACUGAAUCAUAUAUGCAUUUUUUACCACCUUUGGAAAGUUGUUCACCAUCAGCUUGUGCAGAAAGGUAGAACAGCAACUUUUAUAUUCUAAGAGUUGAUGUUUAAGUGAGGACUCUGACAUUCUCCUGCAAACUGAAUAUAAUACAAUUUGGUAUGCGGUAGGAUUCCAUGCAGAACCUUUGUGGUGGACUGCAGCAGAUAAAGCUGGGAGGUCUUACAAAACUAGAAUCUCAAAUCACAACUGGUUAUGGUUCCUGUAACCCGAGGCGUUUUUUCCGGCAUUUUGAAGCCUUUCAGCACUAAUAAAAUGCAAAAAGGACAAUACAUUUCUUAAUACAACUCUUCUCAAGUUUACAAGAGUAUUUACAUACAAUACUACAAUACUACAUACACCGUUGUACAGUUAUUUGUUGUGCUUUUAAUUAAAAGUGUCUGCUGAUAUGAAAAAUACGUUGAUGAAUGAAUUUGAAGAAGAAGCUAUACACGUAUGUUUGAGUUUAUAGUGUUUGCAGAAGUGCAAAUCCCACCGCACAAAUUAUGAAGGUAUAUGCAAAAGUAUGUGUUAAUAAAUCUUGGGUUGAAAUCAAAAUGUUCAAUGUGAGACCCAUCAAUUAAGUUGUGGAUGAAUUAAGCACUGGGUUUACAUCUUUGUUUCAAUGUGAUCAAUAAUCAGCAUUUCAGCCUGACGAUUUACUGAGUGUAACAAACUUCCUUAAUCUUCAAGUGAAUAAAGCGAGAAGCAGU